AUGAUGCGCGAUAUCCACGACAAUGCUGGGGCAGGCGCAAGCGGCGGGAUGGAGGAAAGCGAGGACGGCGGGAAUGGGGUUGCAGAGGUCGAUAUGGACGAAUGCGGCUCCCUCGCGCUUCCUCCCGACCUGCCCCCCUACUCCGGCGACUACAUCAUCAGCGACUACAUGGAACGCCUCGGCACACGCCUCAAUAUUCUCGAAACAGAACUCAAAUAUGCUUGGCGAGCUCUCGAUCUGCUUAGCCAAGAGUAUGUUCGAAUGUGGGAGCGUCUCGAAAGAUUGGAGACGCUACUCGCUGAUCAACAGGGUGUAAUAUCAACUUUACUGGACUUUUACACAUGCCGUACUGUCAGCGCUAGAGAUCCAAUGACUCGACUAGAAGUGAUUAGAGAAAUAUUAGGAAAUGGGACCGUCGAAGAUGGAAUAGAGGAAGGUAUAGAUAUUGGACGAAACUCAUUGUUAGACCAUCCAGAAGAAAUUAUGGAAUCAAAUGAAGCAUUCUAUAAGAGUUUAAAUCAGGCCUAUCGUGAUGAUUUAGUGUGUGAUGAAACAUCUAGACCACCAUCACAGUUAGAUAUGAUUUGGGAAGCUCCGGAAGAACCAGAUAUAGAAAUGAUGCCAUCAAGCUCUAGACAAAUAUAUAGUUCAUCAGAUUAUAAAGAUUACUGUGGACUAAAAGGUGGACCUGUCAUUAGUGAUCGAGAUUUGGUGCAUUUAUCUGCUUUAAGUACAAUAGAUCAAAUCACAGUAGAUAAAUUACAUGAAUUAGAUAGAUUGACAACCCAAUUACAUAAAGAUUCCAGAGAGUUAAAAGACUUGAAAACCAGACUUCUCAGUCCCGAAACCAAACUAUCAAAACACGACAGGGAUAUAGAAGCAAAGGCAUUAGUCGAAGAUGGGAAUAUAAUAAAUGAACAGCUUAAAAGUGUGUACUCGGGCGGCGACAAUUGGGCUAUCAACGAUAUGAUGAAAAGUUUUGAUGAUUUUAUGCUGACGGCUCCUAAAGAUUCAAUGGUCAGAGAGAAAUCACCAUCAAGAUUGUCACUUACUGAUAAUGUGUCUGAUAGAACGAUGGAUUAUUUGCCUCCAACUCUUUCUCCUCGUCGAAAGUAUGUACCUGAAAGAACAACUACAGAACCAUACACGACUGUAACUGGUCGUUUGGCCUAUAGUUCGGCAGUAGCUAAUGCUGAAAUCAAUGCAGCCAAAGCAUCUAAAUCGCCAAGUGCUCUGUCAAGAGAAAGAUUUGAAUAUAGUACUCCAUAUCCAAUAGCUGACACUUCAAGACAAAAUUAUUUUUCUAGCAAAGGCCUAUCUCAGCCUUUAAACGAGAUUUAUAAAACAGGAUCAGAACAACACUCUCCCUUGUCAAUUCAUGAAAUAUAUAACGGACCUAGUGCUAAUGAAUUAAAUUAUGAAGAAAACAGGUUAAGAAAAUCCCCAAGUCCUCCGCCACCGGCACCACCAAAUGGAGCAAACGGGUUUCCCUCAAUAGAGAACAACAACGAAUUGGUAGCUCAUCAACAAAUGUUAUCGACAGCAGGUGCACAUGAAGCUAUGCGAUUGAGUCCUAGAUCACCAAAAUCACCAAAAACAUCACCGAAACACGUGAAAAGAGACUCGGCUAAUAUUGUAGCCGCAAAAUCAGAUUCAGGAUUAUCAUCUAUGAGUGGCAAAGCUCAAGAUAAACAACCCAAAAAGCCAAAACGAACAUCAUCACUAAAGUCGGCAAUGUCAUCUAUGAGUCACUGGCUUCCAGAUCUACAUUUACCUAAGAAACAUAGAUCGCAUUCCCUUCCUUCUGGCGUGGAUAAUGUAGAACAACCACAGCAAGAAAAAUCAUUAAAGGAGCGCAUUUUGUCUGCUCAGAGAAGAAAAAAGAAAUAUCAUUUGGUGGCUUCGAUGUCUGGUUUGUUGCAAAAAGCUAGAAGGAAACAACAAGCGAGUCAUCAAUCGUUAUCAGAUCCAGAAACGUCUGAAACUGAGUGGUCAGGAGGCAGAUCGAGUGCCCAGUCCGAAGAUAGUGACAGUGUAUUUUCGGAUUCAACACAUGACGGUAGUAUGUUUCCUAAAGUUGCUCCUAAGCCAAAGAGGAAAAUCAACAAUCAAGAAAUUGUAGAACAACAGAUGAUGAUACAAGAACGCAUUCAAGAGCACGGAAGAGAAUAUCAAGAGGAUGAUCCCGAUUGUAUUAUUGAGGAAACAGAAAAGUUGACCGCAGCUACUAAUGUAAUUCCGAGAGAUAAAAGUGAUGAUAUCGAUUUUCAUUUUGCACGUGUCAGUCAAAUGAAGAAAGAGAAUAAUAUACCAAAGCUAGAAAAAUUAGAUAUCGAUACUGAUAUCUCAAAUGUCGACCUAUUUGAAGAAGAUGAAAAAGGAGAUAACCAAUCUCCUGGAUCACUUUUUGCUACUAUUGGAGAUGUGAAAAAGUCAUCUAACGUUACUGAGGAUGGAUUAAGUGAAAGUAAUAAAUCUUACAGCGGAAGCUCACAAGAAUUUGCAGUUUCUAGAGCGUUGGGAAAAUAUCGCUUGCGUAAGUCAACAUCUGUGUCAGAUGAACAUAUUGCCGAUAUUUCACCACCAAAGGUAGAGACUGAACAGCAAGAAGAAACCAAUGAUGAAUUUAUGACGCAGCAAAAAGAAAAGAAAUUACGUAAACCAAGUCCACCUGAGGUAGUUAGCACUGUAACAUUGUCUGCUGAAGAUUCACAUAACUUGCCAGAAAGAAGUCCCUCCAUACAAAGUACUCGUGGCUUACCAAACAAAUUUCAGCCACGGCAUCAACAAAGUUUAGAAAUACCAAAUAAACAUGAUGAUGACGAUAGCAGAAGCACACAUUCUUGGAGAAGUGGUUCCAGAGUAUCGUCAAGACGUCAAAGUACUGAAGACAGUAUUGAUUCUGAAGACGAAUGGUAUUGCUACGAAUUGAGGAAGCUGGAAGAAAUGGAGCAUCAGUCACAAGUAGAAACUGAGCGACAACAAACGUUACCAGAGGAGCCAGAAAUCGAAGAAGAAUAUUCUAGUGAAGUUCUUAAAGAGAAAAUGUCGUUUGUGCUACGCGAACUAAAACUUAAAACGGCAACAACGAAACAAAAAUAUGACGAAUCUCCAACCAAAGAAUCUUGGAAAGAUGUUACAACUUUCCCAGUAAUCGAAGAGACAACAGAUGAAGACAGACAUUCGAGUGAUGAUAAGUCGCUUGAUUAUUCUGGUUCAGGUGAAACUUCUGGACCAGACAGUCCAGUUCAAAGUGGUGAUGAACUGGAUGAUGACUAUGAUAUGCCACAAAUACAACUUCCGUUACCGUUACCUCGAGAAGAACCGCGGCCCCAACAAGACGCUCCUGUUGGCAGCAAAUGGAAACUCCUCAAAGCCCUGAAAGACCGGAAAGCUGAGGAGAAGACUUCAGAGACACCGGCAGCCACGACACCGUCAACUGAAAAGGACAAAGUCAGCGCCGGUAAUGGAUCCGGUGGCUUCAACGAGCAAGGAGGCAGAGGAAAUGGGCACGUCACCGACAAUCCAUUCUACAGUAACAUUGACAGCAUGCCGGACAUUAGGCCUCGAAGAAAAUCCAUUCCACUCGUCUCAGAACUUACAAUGGCCGCUACGAAGAGGAACGCAGGUUUGACAUCAGCUGUACAUCGAGCCACAUUGAACGAUGAAGAACUGAAAAUGCACGUAUACAAGAAGACUUUGCAAGCGCUCAUCUACCCAAUAUCGUCGACCACGCCUCAUAACUUUGUUCUAUGGACGGCAACUUCGCCCACUUAUUGUUACGAGUGUGAAGGCUUACUUUGGGGAAUCGCCAGGCAAGGUGUAAGAUGCACUGAAUGUGGUGUCAAGUGCCACGAAAAGUGCAAGGAUUUGCUCAAUGCCGACUGUCUUCAGAGGGCGGCUGAAAAGUCUUCCAAACAUGGCGCCGAAGACAAAGCCAAUUCCAUCAUCACAGCUAUGAAAGAACGAAUGAAACAACGUGAACGAGACAAACCCGAGAUCUUUGAACUAAUCAGACGCGUGUUCAGCAUCGAUGGGGACCCUCACGCAGCGCACAUGAGCACAGUGAAGCAAUCAGUCCUCGAUGGUACAUCAAAAUGGAGCGCCAAGAUCGCCAUCACAGUUAUUUGUGCUCAAGGCCUCAUCGCGAAGGAUAAGAGUGGAACUUCAGACCCCUACGUUACCGUCCAAGUAAGCAAGGUGAAGAAGAGAACAAGAACUAUGCCUCAGGAAUUGAACCCCGUUUGGAACGAAAAGUUUUACUUCGAAUGCCAUAAUUCAUCAGAUCGUAUCAAAGUGAGAGUAUGGGAUGAAGAUAACGACUUAAAAUCAAAACUACGCCAGAAAUUGACCAGAGAAUCUGACGACUUCUUGGGUCAGACGAUCAUUGAGGUUCGAACAUUGUCGGGCGAGAUGGACGUGUGGUACAACUUGGAGAAACGAACAGACAAAUCUGCGGUCUCCGGAGCCAUCAGACUGCACAUCAACGUGGAGAUCAAGGGCGAGGAGAAGGUGGCACCGUACCAUGUCCAGCAUGACAUUGGCGUUUUUUGCAAGCAAUACGGAAAUCUGCAUAUACAUUUUAGGUGUGGAAACCAGCUUCUAGCGGUGAAUCAUGUUGCAAUGAGUCACCGCGGCCUCGGCCCGGAGCAGGAGAAGGAACGAGGAGGUUUUAAGUCACUAAGAGUCUGA